AUGGCACUUCCAGAGAGGUCAGUAACCGCGCCCGGAGCCUGUGACAGACGCGAUCAGCAGCGUGAUGAGGUGACGAUGGCCAAUAGCGGCGACAGAAUAUGCGAACUGGGCGCUAAGAUUGCAGAAUACUCGAUUCCGGGGCUGCGAUUGUCUCCUUGUCAGGCUGUUUUCUGGCCGGUAAGGUUUUCUGGGUCUGUCGACGACCCUGGACCUGACCACCAACGGAGAGCCUCAGGCCUCGUGAGACGGCCGAGCCUGAGUCUAGCAGCCAGGUUGGCCCUUACCUACUGCCAGUUUUGGUUCCAUCACCUGGUCGCCUCAACAGCCGGCCAGCAAUAUUGGAUCGCUAUGACAAGCGUAGCAUCAGCAGGGACUUGGAUCAUCAAGGAUGCGACAUGGCCCGGCACCCGCAUCUGGGAAGAUGUGAUCGAGAAAGGAGGAGAAGGCGACGGCGGCAUCGGCGGCCAGGAGCAACAAAGUUGGGGGACAUUUCUGCAGCAGGGCGGGUGGCGUGUUAGACUGCGCAAGCCCAAGCGCGGCGCGCGAGUCCUGGCAGGGUGGGUGGGCGUAAGAUAUCGCGGUUAA